AUCAUGAAAGGGUGAAACACAAAAAAUAAAUUGAUUUCUAAGCAUUUGUUUUAGCAAAAUGAGCACCUGUCCGGGGAUAUAUUUUGAUAUUGGCAAGAAGGCUAAAGAUGUUCUUCACACGGACUAUUCAAAUCUAUCUCCAAUUCAUUUUCACUACCAAUUCAUGGACUAUAAUGUAGACCUCUCUUGUAAAGUAGAUGAACUUGUACCUGGAUUCAAGAGCCUUUUCAAAUGCACCAUACCUGAUUCUGGGAAGUUGGAACUACAACACUUGAGCAACUACACUGGGAUUACUGGGUGCAUUGGAUUAGAAGGAAACCUAGAAAAAGGAUAUGACCCUGUUCUAAACUUAUCAGGUCUUGUAGGAACAAACAUUCUGUCUCUAGGAGGCAAUGUUGCACUUGACCUACCAACAAGAACAAUCAGCAAGCUGAAUGCAGGCUUAGGCCUCAACACUAACUUCCUUGUUGCUUCCUUGACCAUGCAUGACAGCUUUGACAUAGUGAAAGCCUCUUGUUAUCAUGAAGUGAACCUCCUAACCAAGACCGCCAUUGCAGCAGAGCUGAAGCAUAGCUUGUCAAUGGGGGAGACUAGUGGCACCAUUGGUGCUCAGCAUGCAUUUUUUCCACAAACAUUGCUAAAGGCUCGAUUUGACACCUUUGGCAGGGCAGGUGCUCUUAUUCAACAAGGGUUCUGGGAGAGAUGUUUUGUAACUAUGGCUGGAGAAGUGGAAUUUAAGAACUCAGAUAAUAAUUUGCAUCCCAAGGUUGGAGUCUCUGUGGCUUUAAAACCCUAGUCAAUACCAUUUAGAUAAGCUUCCAUCUCCAAUUGAGAGGUUGUUGGAUGUAAGGAGACUUCAAAAUGACGGCACAAACUGGAUGAAACUUGUUGAUUUUCCCCAUCCAUUUUCUUCAAUAUUCAACAACUGUAUGAGUACCAUGUGUAGUUCUACUCACAAUUUUUAUUAAUAAAAUUAUUAUAAUACUAGUGGUAGGUAUUUGUUUAUCAGUUUUACCUGUUUGAAGUUUAAAUUCAUUCCUGCUUAUUCUUUUAGAAGUUGAAUAUCUGAAACAAAUAGCUCCAGAAUUACUUUUUUUCUUGGA